GCCAGGACCGCAAAUCUACCGCCAACUCAUGGUGCAUCUGUCUGUGGAAAAGUAACAGGUCUCCACUGAAAUCAUGUCAGCAACAAAAGGGAUUAUGUCACUGAAGACGUUUCUCCUCCUGUACGCAUGGCUGUUGACAGAGGCUACAGAAGAUGACUGCGAGUGUCCUAUGGCAACAGUUUUGGUGGAGUUUCCCGUCACCCUGCCUGCGGGAGCCUGCUGUCUCAACUACUCUGGGUCUGCUUUUGGCCAUGUGCAGUGGGAAGCCUUCUCCUCUCACCCCGCUCUUCAGGUCCUGGAUCUGUCCCACUGCAACAUCAGCCAGAUUCACAACGGCGAGAGCGGGGCGGCCCCAGCCAUGCUGCGGGAACUAUUCCUGGGACACAACAGUCUCUCUGUCCUGCCGGAGGGGUUCCUGACCACCGCGUCCAGACUCAGAGUGCUGGACCUCGGCAUCAACCGACUGCACGCUCUGCCGGAGUCGCCCCUGUGGAGCUCGGAGGAGCUUCAGGAGCUGGACCUGAGAGGAAACCGUCUCACGACUCUUCCCAGCGGCAUCCUCACGAGACGCGACGGCUGGCAACGGCUGGACCUGUCCCACAACCUCUGGGACUGCACGUGCUCUCUGGUAGGGGACCUUCACGGUGACCACGGCCUUCACAACACCAGCACGGUGUCCCGCAGUGGUAGUAGUAGUGGCAGUCUGGAAGCGGUGCUGGGGAAUCUGACCUGCUCCGCUCCCUGGAGCCUGGAGGGGCAGAGCGUGUGGUCCGUGCAGCGGACAGACGUGUGCCAGCCGGCCGGGCUCACCGCCCUCUUCAUCCUGCUGCCCUUGUUCAUGCUGGUGGUGCUGGUGCUGUGCUGGUGCUGCGGCAGGAAGAGGAAAAGGAAAGAGACCCCGGCCUUUGGCCCGGCAGGAAAGAAAGGAUCUGGCGGCGGCAGCAGGGGUGCGCAGCUGGCCAACUGCAACGGGCGCUGGAGCCACGCCAAGCCGCAGACGGCGGCGCUGCCCGGCGGUGGCGGUGGCGGCGGCGGCGAGUUGAGCGUGCCCAGAGAGGGCAGCAAGGAGGGCAUCAUGAAGAACCAGCUGAUGCUGCGGCCGGCCUCGGCCCUGCUGGGCAGCACGCGGGACAUCUACGAGGAGGUGGAGAUCCGCCUGGGCUCGGCCGAGUCCCUGGCGCAGACGCGGCCGCCCUCCUCCGUCUCCACGGAGCGCCAGCCGUCCCAGGGGCGGGGCAGCAAGGCCGACCUGGAGACGGUGAGCGUCACCGAGGUCAUGAAGGACUCGGCCGACCGAGAGAAGGCCUACAUGACUCAGUCCACGGAGUACUACAGCCUCGUCCCCGCCAUCGAGAUAGAGGAUUCCGACCAUGGGGAGUACGAGAGCGUGGACUUGUCGUGACCAGCAUCAUACGAACAAUAGGAUGGAAGGAUUUGUAAACAUUUUUAGUAUGUGGGUUUGCAGGUUCUGUUUUGACUUCGUGGUCAAAGAAGCAGUCUGGUUGAUCAAAGAAGCGCAGAGUACCGCUGAUCUCCUGGAAUGCGAUGCAGGAACUGGAGGAGGGUAAUCCUGUCAAUUGUUCAAAGGUAAACUGCAGAGUCGUAAGAAGACGUCUCUGCUAUCAGGGCUACAUUCCUGGUUGCAAGUGCUAUUGUUUGACUCCAUUCAGAGUGUGAGAACUGCUCAAAUGAGACUGCAGGUAAACUCAUAAUUAAACCCUGAGAGCCAGUGACUGGCACCGAGAAUUCUGGGGGAUUUUUUUUGGUUAGGGCACACUGAAGUGGAACGAUUUUUCUGUGCCACCAGAGACACCGUACAGGGUAUGGAGGUCAAACAUGUUCAUGUCAUGUGUCAUUAUUAUUUGUGAACAUUUUGUAAAUGUUUUGUUUGAUUUGGAUUUCACUGGCUUGUUUGUGCUUUCUGUUGACUGACCUUAACUGUUUUUUAAGUAAUGCUGCUAAAUUGCAAGUCAAGUCAAGUCAGCUUUAUUGUCAGUAUCUUCAUAUGUACAGGUCAUACGAGGAAAUUGAAAUGACAUUUUUCUCUACCCAAUGCAAAGACAUACUGUAGAUAUACGCAGGACUGACAUUAACAAGACAUUAAAGUGCAAGACUGGACUAAUAACAGUGUAACAAGUAAUAAGUAAUAAUAAACCGAUGAAGUAAUAAAUAACAAUUGAAACAUCUAACAUUGAACAUUUAACAUGCAGGGGGGAAAAUAGCGGAAAUUGUUUUCAUAUCUAUAGAUCAGGGAUGUCAAACUCAGGCCCGGGCCAAAUUUGGCCCGCGGAGCCAUUUUAUUUGGCCCGCGAGAUCAUUUCAAAUGUGUAUUACAGUUGACCCACAUACACCAUAACUGUGUAGUGUAUUAAGAUUUGAACAUGACAAUGUGUAUAUCACAGGAUUAUGGGCCCAGGCCAUUGAAACAGCUCACACUCAAAUGCAGCAGAAUAUGUGCAGGCACAUUUGAACUAUAUGGGAAUCUGUUUAAACAUAAAUUUAAACAUGAGCAAUUUUAGCCAAUUUUUGAAAAUAAAAAAUAAAUAAAUAUUGAGUUUGGCCCGCGACUUCGCUCCAGAUUUUGAUCCUCGGUCAAUUUGAGUUUGACACCCCUGCUAUAGAUGUUUAAAUAAUUCUACUAUGCCUGACGGGUCUGGAUCUGCCCCACUAUCAGUGUUUAUGAUGCAAGGAAACAUGGUGGAGAGGCAAACCUGUAACACACCAACCAACCAAACAAACAACAAAUGUCUCCAUGCUCUCUCUCUCUCUCUCUCUCUCUCUCUCUCUCUCUCUCUCUCUCUCUCUCUCUCUCUCUCGCACUCUCUCCAGUAGAGUCAGGUGAUGUCAUCUAUUGUUUUAUAACUCUAGGUCACUGCCUGUCAGUGCACCCCUCUUUCCUGUGGGAGAUGGGCUUCAGGUCUGUCAAGAUAAACGCUAUGGCACCUGUACUAAUAUUCAAAGCCACAAGGAAAGAAAAAAGAUUUACGUAUGCUGACAACAAUGGCUGUUAGGGUGAUAUCAUCUGAAGGCCAUAGAACAUGCGCGUCCGCCUCACAAGAGCCCACCGAUAAGGACAUGAACAGUUUAGAGACUCUGAUAACGCGAUCUGCCAUCUGCUCAUUUCAGUGGCUUACAAAUGGGGAAAGGGAUUCAACACUACGUCCUGUAGAAAGUAACCAGGGACGCUGUGCAGUUAAAGUGCAUCAGCAUAUGAAAAACAGCAGAGCUAGGUAAAACACUGCAGGUAGAUAAGAUCUGUGUCAUCAGCUUGACUUUACAAAGAAGCAGAGUAAGCUCAUUUGACUGCUGACAGAAAGAGAGAAAAGUGAGGCUCUAUCGGGUUGUUGUAGCCUAAAGCUACAAUUGUGAGACUGAGGUUCUAGAUUUCCCAUCUGAAUAUCUCUUUCUGUCAUCAAUGCAAGUGUUUGUAGUAGAUGUUUAAGGGAGGAGCGCCCCCAUUUCACUGAGGCACGUGUGCGCAUAGGUGUGAUUUCACUGGAAUGAAACAGUCAUGUCCCAAUACAAAUACGACGUAAUCAGGUCAAAGUGAGGACUUGGUAUUCUUGACUGGAUUUGAAAACCAUGGCUUUAUAUUUUGUGUCUUUGUUUGGUCUGCCUAUGUUCAAAAUGUGACUUUGAACUACUAUACUUUGUCUUAAUAUGACACAACUCUUACGCUUCACUUUCCACACUAUGUCAGAAAAAUGUAUUUGUAUUUUUUAUUAUGUCAAUAUUCUGUCAUUCCCCACUAUCUUGUACGUGUUGUUCGUUGUGCACUUGGUGUAAAGCUAUUUUUGUUACAUAUAUUAGAACCACAAAAGAAACAAAAAAAGAACCUACAAAUAGGUUCAAAGUGCCCUGUAUGUAAAAACUACAAAUGAAACUGGUUCUGAACCUGCAGCAAAUGCCUUAUUGUGAACAUUUUGGCACAGGAGGAAUAUUUAUUUCUGUCUUAAAAAUAAAUGAUUUUG